AUGAGGGAGGAAAACCCACGACAUGACAACCUUCAGGGAAGCAGAACUAAAACUCCAGUGUGGAGCCUGCUGACCAUCCAGCCGGCUCAGGCUGCCUGCAGGCCCGUGCUGGCCACGCGGAGACAAAAAGCUUUGGCGUCCACCGGAGGAAGAAGUGUUCAAGCCGCGUGUGACUGGCUCUUCUCCCACGUGGGCGACCCCUUCCUGGACGACCCGCUGCCCCGGGAGUACGUGCUGUACCUGCGCCCCACCGGCCCCUUGGCCCAGAAGCUCUCCGACUUCUGGCAGCAGUCGAAGCAGAUCUGCGGGAAGAACAAGGCGCACAACAUCUUCCCCCACAUCACCCUCUGCCAGUUCUUCAUGUGUGAGGACAGCAAGGCAGACGCCCUGGGGGAGGUCCUGCAGGCCACCGUCAGCCGCUGGAGGGGCAAGUUCUCGGUGCCGCUGCCCCUGGAGCUCUACACCUCCUCCAACUUCAUCGGGCUCUUCGUGGAGGAGGCCAGCGCCGACGUCCUCAAGAAGUUCGCCGCCGACUUUGCCGCGGAAGCUGCAUCCAAAACCGAAGUGCAUGUGGAGCCUCAUAAGAAGCAGCUGCACGUGACCCUGGCUUACCACUUCCAAGCCAGCCACCUGCCCACCCUGGAGAAGCUGGCCCAGAGCAUCGAUGUCAAGCUGGGGUGCGACUGGCUGGCAGCCAUAUUCUCUCGGGACAUCCGAUUCGCUAACCAUGAGACCUUGCAGGUGAUCUACCCCUACACCCCCCAGAAUGACGAUGAGCUGGAGCUGGUCCCGGGGGACUUCAUCUUCAUGUCUCCCGUGGAGCAGGCCAGCACCAGCGAGGGCUGGGUCUACGGCACCUCCCUGACCACCGGCGGCUCCGGGCUCCUGCCCGAGAACUACAUCACCAAGGCCGAUGAGUGCAGCACCUGGGUGUUCCACAGUUCUUACUCCAUCUUAAAUGCAUCGUCUUCCAACGCGCUCCCAUUCGGUGACGGCAUAUUGGACAGGCGGUCGUACGAGGACCAGGGCCUGGGGGAGAUGGCGCCCCUCACCAUCGUCUGCCAGCCCUCGCAGCCUCUGAGGGCCAGCAGCCAGCCUGGCCCCCAGAAGAGAUGCCUCUUCGUGUGUCGGCACGGCGAGAGGAUGGACGUCGUCUUUGGGAAGUACUGGCUAUCCCAGUGCUUUGAUGCCAAAGGCCGCUACAUUCGCACCAACCUGAACAUGCCUCAUAGCUUACCUCAGCGGAGCGGUGGUUUCCGGGAUUACGAGAAAGAUGCUCCAAUCACUGUGUUUGGGUGUAUGCAAGCAAGACUAGUGGGUGAAGCCUUAUUGGAAAGUAACACCAUAAUCGACCAUGUCUAUUGUUCCCCAUCCCUGCGCUGUGUUCAGACUGCACACAACAUCUUGAAAGGUUUACAACAAGAAAAUCACUUGAAGAUCCGUGUGGAGCCUGGCUUAUUUGAGUGGACAAAAUGGGUCGCUGGGAACACGUUACCUGCCUGGAUACCUCCGUCAGAGCUGGCUGCAGCCAACCUGAGUGUUGAUACAACCUACAGACCUCACAUUCCAGUCAGCAAAUUAGUGGUUUCAGAAUCCUAUGACACUUACAUCAGUAGAAGUUUCCAAGUAACAAAAGAAAUAAUAAGUGAAUGUAAAAGUAAAGUUCUUGCUUUCCCCCCAGGAAAUAACAUCUUGAUUGUGGCCCAUGCAUCUUCCCUUGAAGCAUGUACCUGCCAACUUCAGGGCCUGUCACCUCAGAACUCCAAGGACUUCGUACAAAUGGUCCGAAAGAUUCCGUACUUGGGGUUUUGCUCCUGUGAAGAACUGGGAGAAACUGGAAUCUGGCAGCUGAGGGACCCACCCAUCCUUCCUCUCACCCAUGGACCCACUGGGGGCUUCAACUGGAGAGAGACGUUGCUACAAGACUGAGCCACACCCCGAGGAGGGAAACAGGCUUUGGGAAGCCUGGGGGAGACGUGUCUUUUUGUGUGUUUAGUAACAACGAAGAAGUCUGCACCACGCUGUAUGUGACAGCGCAGAAUAACUUAGCCUACUCCCUUUCAUGCUUUAAAAUGCUCGUGAUGGAAACUGUGUGCAUAAG